AUGUUUCCCGCAAAAUGCAUUCUAUCGGGUUCGGCCCCAUUCGGUGUGGCCGGCAGUCUCCACACACUCGGGUUCGGGCUGGGGCUGAAGGAGACGUCAUGUCAUUGUGCAAAUCAAGAAGCCCGGAUAAUUAUACGAUUGGAAGUGGCAUUGCGUAAAUGGGCACUUCUGAUUGUACGAUGCCACAACAGCCAGGCACCUUCGGCUAUGGCCGAUGUUGAGCCUAAAGCUCAUCCAUUAGGUCCAUUAGGAGUGUUCCGUCUAGAGAUCCAUAAAACACCUUCCGAACGCCUCACAUACCAUUUGCCUUCGGGAUACGUCGUUAUCGCAGGUGGAGGGCCAAUAGGUCUACUGCUGGCACGUGUUCUUUCCUUCCAUGGUGUCAAUUCUGUGUUGUUUGAACGCAACGAGUCCACGACAAAGUGA